UAUAAUUGCAGCGUUCUAGUUUUGACGCGUCGCGUCUCUCGCAGUUUACAGCACAGCAACAAGCUCGAGCUGCACAACCGGUUAGACGCCUCCAAACCCGGAAGACGCGCGUAAGGGAUGGGGAAGAUCUCUCAUUUCACUUGAUCAAACUUUACCAAAAUUCACAAAACUUCGACCCCUGUCAGUCACUUCUGGUCAUACAACAGCUUUGAUAAGGAUGGCAGCGUCCGCGAUCUUCAUCCUGGACCUUAAAGGCAAGGUCCUCAUAUGUCGAAACUACAUGGGCAACGUGAACAUAAAUGAGAUUGACAACUUUAUGCCCAUAAUGAUGAAGAGAGAGGAAGAUGCAGAUUUGUCACCAGUGGUUAUUCACGGCUCGACCCACUUCCUCUGGAUCAAGCACAGCAACCUCUACUUGGUUGCAAUAACAAAGAAGAAUACCAAUGCUGCUCUUGUAUACUCCUUCCUGUACAAAUUAGUGGAGGUGUUCACUGAAUAUUUCAAGUCACUGGAAGAAGAGAGUAUUCGAGACAAUUUUGUGACAGUAUAUGAGCUAAUGGAUGAAGUCAUGGACUUUGGAUUCCCUCAGACCACUGAUAGCAAGAUCUUACUAGAGUACAUCACCCAACGUGGGCAUAAGCUGGAGGUGGGAGCGCCACGGCCCCCAGCUACAGUAACCAAUGCUGUGUCUUGGAGGUCAGAGGGCAUCAAAUACAGGAAAAAUGAAGUCUUCAUGGAUGUCAUUGAGUCUGUCAACCUAUUGGUCAGUGCUACAGGCAGUGUUCUGCGUAGCGAGAUUCUGGGCUGCAUCAAACUCAAAGUCGUUCUGUCAGGCAUGCCUGAGUUAAGGCUUGGACUCAAUGACAAAGUUCUCUUCGAGAUCACAGGCCGAGAGAAGAGCAAGUCUGUGGAGCUAGAAGAUGUUAAAUUUCAUCAGUGUGUGCGUCUCUCUCGCUUUGAGAACGACAGGACUAUCUCUUUCAUCCCACCUGAUGGAGAAUCUGAACUAAUGUCUUACAGACUCAACACCACGGUGAAGCCUCUAAUAUGGAUUGAGAGCGUAAUAGAGAAGUUCUCUCACAGUCGAGUAGAGAUCAAGGUUAAGGCCCGCAGUCAGUUCAAGAGCCGCUCCACUGCCAACAAUGUGUCCAUCUUAGUUCCUGUUCCCAGUGACGCUGACUCCCCCAAAUUUAAGACCACCACGGGCCAGGCUAAAUGGGUUCCUGAGAAGAGUGCUGUAGAAUGGAACAUCAAGUCCUUCCCUGGCGGGAAAGAGUUCAUGAUGCGAGCUCAUUUUGGACUGCCAAGUGUGGAAAGUGAUGUACUCGAGGCCAAACGACCAAUCACAGUGAAGUUUGAGAUUCCUUACUUCACAGUGUCAGGCAUUCAGGUGCGAUACUUGAAGAUUAUCGAGAAGAGCGGAUAUCAGGCAUUACCGUGGGUGCGAUAUAUUACUCAGAGUGGAGAUUAUCAACUGAGGACCAACUGAGAGAGGACAGCACCUGUGUAUGUUGUGUGUGCUGUCUGUCCUUUUUCAUCUGCGAGACAGCUACUGCUUUUCACACAGCAGUUGGACUGCUAUUGCUUUUAUCUGAAAUCAGGUUUUACAAAUUAAACAAGGAAGUCAGACCGCAAAGUUACUGAGAAACCGCUAUGAAACAAUCGAUUUUGGAUUAUAAUCCUAAAGUCGUGUUACAGAAACGUCCUAGAAUCUACCUAUAUAUGUUACAGUAUAUUUAAAAAGAUAUUUUCACCCUCAUGUCGUUCCAAGCCUGUAUGCAAU